GCCCUGCAAUAUUCUGUAUAACGUAUUUAAACCAUAAUUUUCUGUAAAAAUGGAUAUCAACAACUGCAGCUAUGGGAUUCAGUAUAUAUUUUGAAUUGUUUUGCAUUUGUUUGUGUGUACAUGUGUGUGUUCGUGUUCUCGUGUGUCACAAUGCCAGUGGGGAGGUCAGAGGACAAUUGGUGGGAGUCAUUUCUUUCCUUCUAGCACAUGCGUCUUAGAUAUAGAGGUCAGGUCAUUAGGUGUGGCAGCAGGUGAUUUUACCCACCUACCUAUUGUUUUGGCCCCAGAAUAUACAUUUAAAGUAUUAAAAGUAAUAUGUAAGCAUGACUCAGAACACAUAACUAUUAAUGAACAAGUUUGAGGUUUGAUCAUUUGACAGUUUAAAGCCUAUUUAUAACGAAAAGCACCAUAAGGUUGAAAGAAAUAGCUAGAACAAUUGCUUGCCAGGUGAGCAAAGGGUUAGAAACCCUCAGUGUAUAGGUUAUGUGCAUAAAUUAGAGGGAUACAAGACAGAGAGGGGAACGGACAGUUAAUGGAAAAGUAUGAACAGUUGUUAAAUAUUUGAAGAGGUACUAAGUCUCAUUAAUAUUUAACCAUAACUCAGUGACUUAAUAAUUUAUUGAGUAAUGUCCAUUUUUGUCUGGACUGUGAAAACACAUUAUACUCGAGAUUAUAAACGACCAUUAUUUUUCUGGAGGAUACACGAGCAACGUGGAUCAAAAUUAAAAGUAUGCACCCUUUUGAUAUAGCAAUUGAUCAGGAAAUUAAGUCUAAGGAAAUAACAGGGAAAUGAGAGGAUGAGGCGCAGCUCCAGAUGUUCAGAGCUCAGUGGAUGUUUGAACUUACCCCAGGCGUAGGUUCCAGUAAUGUGGAAAGCCGGCCUUGCAGAGCAGGGAGAAGCUCUAUACUGAAAGCAGCUGCAGACAAAGGAAGACAAGAAUUGGCAAAGGAGGAAAAGUUAAGUGCUGAAAUUCUCCAACAGACUAAGAGCUGCUUUCGACACAGCGCCUCUCACCAGUGUGUUUGUCAUUUGUCAACUCUGAGGACAGAGGCGGUUUGUGAAGCUCGAGAACUCUUCCUGAAGGCAGUAGAGGAAGAACAAAAUGGAGCUCUCUAUGAAGCCAUCAAGUUCUACCGUAGGGCUAUGCAGCUAGUACCUGAUAUUGAGUUCAAGAUCACUUAUACCCGGUCUCCAGAUGGCGAUGGCGUUGGAAGCAGCUACAUCGAAGAUAAUGAGGACGCCAGCAAGAUGGCCGAUCUCCUGUCGUACUUCCAGCAGCAGCUCACAUUUCAGGAGUCUGUGCUCAAACUCUGUCAGCCUGAGCUUGAGACCAGUCAGACUCACAUAUCAGUCCUGCCUAUGGAGGUGCUGAUGUACAUCUUCCGAUGGGUGGUGUCAAGUGACUUGGACCUCAGAUCGUUAGAGCAGUUGUCACUGGUGUGCAGAGGAUUCUAUAUCUGUGCCAGAGACCCUGAAAUAUGGCGUCUGGCUUGCUUGAAAGUGUGGGGCAGAAGCUGUAUGAAACUUGUCCCAUUCUCAUCCUGGAGAGAGAUGUUUCUAGAACGGCCUCGUGUUCGGUUUGACGGCGUGUACAUCAGUAAAACCACAUAUAUUCGCCAGGGAGAGCAGUCUCUUGAUGGUUUCUAUAGAGCCUGGCACCAAGUGGAAUAUUACAGAUACAUAAGAUUCUUUCCUGAUGGCCAUGUGAUGAUGUUGACAACCCCUGAGGAGCCUCCAUCCAUUGUUCCCCGUUUAAGAACCAGGAACACCAGAACGGAUGCAAUUCUGCUGGGUCAUUAUCGCUUGUCACAAGAUGCAGACAAUCAGACCAAAGUAUUUGCUGUGAUAACUAAGAAAAAAGAAGAAAAGCCACUUGACCAUAAGUACAGGUAUUUUCGCCGUGUUCCUGUCCAAGAGGCAGAUCACAACUUUCAUGUGGGGCUGCAGCUGUGCUCCAGUGGCCACCAGAGGUUCAACAAACUCAUCUGGAUCCACCACUCUUGUCACAUCACUUACAGAUCGACUGGUGAGACUGCAGUGAGUGCUUUUGAUAUUGACAAGAUGUACACCCCCUUGUUCUUCGCCAGAGUGAGAAGCUACACGGCGUUCUCCGAGAGGCCUCUGUAGAGCCUCGCCAGCGUCACUGCUGCAUGAGCAGAAGCAUAGAGUGCCAGAAUACCUAAGUUAUAUGUACAUAUACAUACGUGUGUAUAUACAUGCAUAGAUACAUACAUGGAGUUGGAACUUACUUUAUGUUGUUGGAAUUCCUUUAAGAAGAGUAUAAAUUAUUUUUUUUAUUUAAAAGGAUAGUUGAUUCCUGGGGUACUUUGUUUUGAAAUUAGAAGUUGUUAAGAACACUUUCGUUGUAAUAAACCUUACUGUAGAGUUUAAAUCAUGUUUUCCAGCUGGUUUCUGAGCAGAUGUGUCUCGCACUGCCUUGUGCCUGAGCAUCCUCACACUCACAUACGUCAGGGACACGCUGGACAGUAGCUAUUCCCGCAUGAGCUAGUGUCUCUGCACCACACUCAAACUGUGAAGCCUGUUCUGGAGUCGUUGAAACUGUUCAAUAAAGAUUAUAAAUAAAUGUUUCUUCCAAGGAA